AGAACUUCUGCAUCUUUUUUCUUCAAGUCUAUUCGGGCGAAUAAGAAUACGUAGAAUCGCCUGCAGCGACUGUCUUCGCGUCCGUUUUGUCCACUUUCCAAAACCUUUUUUUCUGCUGUUGUUUCUCUCUCAGACACUCGCUACAGAAUUUAUUUUUUUGGCAGUCCGGCUGUUUACACGAUAUACGUCGUCUCUCCUUCCGCCUCUGCUAGCCGAGAUGCAGCACACGAUGUCUUUCCGGCGCAGCUCAACUCGCAUUGCGGCGGCUAUGUUCCUGAACUCGUUGUGCCUGCCACCUACCCUAGCACCGCCACUACGAAGCCUCUCCUCUACUCACCGGUGCAGGCUGCCCUGCUUUACGGCGUCUGCACACCCCAUACGCUCACAAUUCCGCCUUCUGCACACAGAUGAUCGCAGCCCCGUUUCCUCGACGGCUACCCGGCAGUCUGCCGCCAACUCCCAGGCCACGGGAAACUUCCUUGGGGAAGGUGCUGAUGGUGGUGAUGGUGAGAAACCGGGCACCAAGGCCGAUGCAGAGGCGGAUGACGACGUAACGGUCCAGGUGUACCGCCCACAGCUAUCGCCCGAGGCGGCGGAGCGCAGCGUGAAAACGGAACUCUUCCUCUGCCUCCUCCUCACCCUUCCGCGGACACAGGACUGGAAGGACAUGCUCACGGCUGCCUUCCGCGCCGGUUCGUGGAAGCCGCACCACCUCGAUGCGGUGCUGCGCGGGGUGUCGCUCAACAAGUACAACGAGCCCAGCGCUUUUCUGCGGAGCUGUGGGAGCUCGUACGCUGCUGCCAAUGGCAACCAGUCCCUCCGCGAGGCGGCGGUGCAGGCGUCGCAGUCGGCACCGCCCGCGUCGACGCCGACGAGUCGCCUGCACCGUGCGAGGGACAUUCUCGUGUUCUGUGCCGAAGAAGGCGUGCUUUACGCGAAGGAAGAUGAAGAAACGACGGUAGCGGCCCCGCCUUCGUCCUCGUCCUCUCCGGCUCCUUCUGUUGCGGAAGGUAAAGCAACGUUGAUGCACGCCGACGCCUUUGCGCCCUCCCCAGCGGCUGUCCAUCAUCUCCUGACGAUGCUCCUGCAGGCGGCACAGCGUGGAGCUGACUACGCGUCCUCCUCACCGUCUCCCCACCCCGCCUCUACUUCUUCCUCUCUCUCCACCAGUUCGGGUGAGAACGGGCUCCCCACUGCGUCUUAUGCCGAUGUGUGGCACUACCUCGCCUGGAUGGAGCUGCACGGCUACCACGUUCUCUCGCAUGCGGUGCUAGACGUCUUGGAAGCGGCGCUGGACGAAGGCGGCAGCCCCUCGCGUCCGCAGGGCCACCGCACAAAAGCCGGCAUCACCGCGGCAGAGUCAACGGACUCCAUUUCGUCUUCCGGCCCGUUGCAGUACGCUGCCGUGUCACAGCGCAUUCAUCGUCUGGACUACGUGCGAGGGGAGCGGGCGCUGCUGCAGGAGUCACUACGGAGUCAAUCGAAGAUGAAAAAAAAUCCUGUUCGCUCGCUGGAUCAUGUCGGAGACUUCAAUAGGAGACAGCGCGACGUGCCGCGAACGGAUCCUACGCUUUGAAAGCAGGACACUGGGCAGAUGCAUGUCCGUCUGUUAAUGGGAAACGUUUGCGUUAUAAUUGGGUAUCUUAAGUGGUGAUAGAUUCUUUAGUGACUUCUCACAUAUCCUUGAUUUCAUUUGACUGAGCGACAUCAGAAAGCUGAAGCGCCGCUCUAAGUAAA